CCUCCCUUCUCCGGCCACAACCUGGUUUCAAGCAUUCAUUCUCUUAUUUUCCUUGUUUGCGAUAAUAGACAUGGCUUCAUCAACCUUCAGCUCGUUUCAUCUUAAAGGAGGCUAUGGCUCACUGUUUCAAAACGAAUGUUCAAACGAGUCCCAAGGUUUCGAGGGCUACCCCAGUGGCGAAAACCUACAACCCUAUAACCUUGAUCUCCACAUCAUAGGUGUCUUUAUCAUCCUAGCUGCUAGCACAACAGGCGUCUUCAUGCCCGUCAUGGCCUCCUGUAUCCGCCACCGUUGUCGCUCCUAUCACCAUCUCUAUCCUUCCCACUCAACUAGAUACCUAUUUCCAGAAAAGCUACUCAUUCUCGGCAAGCACUUUGGAACGGGUAUCAUCUUGGCCACGGCGUUCAUUCAUAUGAUGCCUACUGCUAUGUCCAACCUUUCCUCUCCUUGUCUCAGUUCAUUCUUCUCUGAAAACUACACUGCAUUAGGAGGACUGUUCAUAUUGUCGUCUUCAUUGUUCAUGCAUUGGAUGGAGUUUGUAGCGGUGGAGCGUACUCAGAAGAGGUUGCAGGAGGCUGCAGUUCUCGAAGGCUUAUUGAUCUCGCCAGUCCCAAAUCAUAAGACUCACCAAGAAGAUAUUUGUAGUUGUGCAGAGCGGGAUGUCGGACGUAUUGACGUAGAUUUGGACGAUCUAGGGACCACAGGCCUUGCGACGGUACCGUGCUCCAGACAUAUCGCCACGAUUCUCAAUGAAACCAUUUGCAAGCAACAAGCAUGCACAUCGGUGUCUUCGUGCGAUCUCGAUCACAGUAUCAUAGUGGGUGAAUUGAAUGGAGCGGACUCUUUAUCGCCAUCCAGGAGUCCAUUAAAGGCCUCUGCACUGUCCAAUCCGCCUUCCUGUAAAAAAAAGCUCAAGAUACAGUUUGCAUCAUAUGGGACCAUUCCGAUCGUCAAAAAUGACCAUGAUGCGCAAGAUAUAACCAAGUUAACGGCCCAUCAUCAUCGUCGUUGUUUGAAAGAAACAGGGCAUUCCCAUGUGCAUGACCUAGAAUUGCUUGAUGGCUCACAACGGAGAAUUUCGACUUAUAUCUUGGAAGCAGGUAUAGCAGCACAUUCAGUCAUAGUCGGGAUUUCUUUAGGGGUAUCUUCAGGCACCGAGUUUCUAGGUCUUUUGGCUGCACUUGCCUUUCAUCAGUUCUUUGAAGGUUUCGCGUUAGGCGCAAGGAUCGCAGAUUUGGAGUUCGAAAAGACCUAUACUCACUAUUUGCUAGCUUUGGUCUUCUCUUUGACUAUGCCUAUCGGAGCAGCAAUUGGGAUCGGAAUCUCUAGCUCCUACAAUCCAUACUCAGCAUCUACCAUCUUGAUUGAAGGCAUUUUCGAUGCUAUCUCAACUGGCAUUCUUUUGUAUAUGGGAUACGUCAAUUUGUUGGCUGUUGAGUUCAAUAUGAAUGGUGAAAUCCGAAAAGAAAGCACCAAAGUCAAAUCCAUGUGCUUUAUAUCCCUCUGGACCGGGGUUGCAGCCAUGGCCAUCAUUGGAGUUUAUGCUUGAAUAGAAAGAAGGGAAAAUGACAAUGCAAAUAGCUGUAGUAAAUUCCACUUCAUUUUUGUUUGUUACCUCAUUGAUAUAUUUCGCGAAACGCGACUUCCAG